GCCAACGAAUACAGUCGGCGGGAUAUGUGCUACUUGAUGUACUGAUCACAUUAGUUGUACCGAGCUACCUGCACGCAUAUAUUCCGCCAUAAUAAGCACUCAGGACCGCAUGGUCGCGGAGGGACAGUCUGUCGUUAGGGCCACCCCCCUGCAAGCCCCCACUAGCAACAGCAAUGUAGCAUUUGUGACCCGAACUGGCGAUGACACGACGAAACGGGCCGCGACUGUGCCUGGCUUCAAAGAUGAGACGGCGCUAGAAGCGUUGCCUCUGGACAAUACGCCCUGCACUCUGAAAGGUCUCUCCGGCGGAUUUGCAGCUGGUUUGCUGGGAUACGUCUUUGGCUUCGUGCCCAGUAUGCUGCGGAAUCGCAGCCUCAAGUCGAUUCACAUUUGGGGUGGCGACGGCAUGUCCAGCUUCAAGGCGUUCUUCGUGAUGAGCGGCGUCUACACGACGGUGCAGUGCAUCAGUGAGCGCAUCCGGCAGCAGGACGACGGCCUGAACCGCAUCAUCGCAGGCGGGGUGUCGGGUGUCGCGGUGGCCUGGAAGUCGGGGCUGUGGGGCGCGCUGCAAUCGGGCCUGCUGCUGGCCGCCGUGUCCUGGGUCUUUGACUUUGGCACGGGCGCCGCCAAGGCCUCCAGCAUCGGUGGUCGCAGCACCACCGGGAGCUGCGCUGCGGGCAGCAGCGGCUGCAGCGUGGCUUCCGUGGGUCAGCUGCUGAGCGUCAGCCACGGCGCGGACGGCCCUGGGUCGGAGGCGCGCGGCAGCCGGCCGCUGCACGUGACGCUGGGGGCGGGAUACGGCGGCGCGGGGCGGCGGCACGGACAAGCGGGCGGCUGGGCGUUGCUGCGGCGACCGGAGGAGGUGCUGCGGACACCGGUGGUGAUGUGGCUGGGCCCCAUUGCGAACCGCGCGUACUUUGCGCCACCGGCUAUGCAGCUUAGCAGCUGAGUGGCGCAGCACGGCAGCUAAGGGGCAGAAGGCGCAACGGCAGACGGUGAUGCUGGUAGCAUCUGCCGUCUGGGGUAGGAGGUGCGGCUAGGUUGUUCUACCCACCAGCUCGUUCGUUGGGCGGGCGCUCGCAGUUGGUGGUGGCGACGAUGCCACGCGGCGGGUUGUAUUAUUCUUCCACAAUGUAGUACGGUUUGAGUGCAUUUGUCCAAUGUUUGUGUGCGCGUUUGAGGUGUGUUGUGGACGGUAUCACCAGGAGGGGCGUGGCGCGAGGCCUUGGCUCGGCUGCCAGGCGAUCUGCUCUGACGUGCGGCAUGCAGCCGCCGUCAAGGCCGCACAAGGAGGCGUGAGGAAUAAUGCCACGAGAGAGAUUAGCUGUUGUGCUAGGUCAACAGGGCUUCAACAGCAGCAUCGCGCUUACCUUGAGUCAUGCGAAGCCGCGACUUUUGGCGACAUGGCGCAGGGCGGUGUGAGGGAGGCAAUAUGCACUUGCUGCAUAGCCGGCGGGAUUGAACACUGGAGCGACAUUCGCUUUUGCCGUCCGAUUACAGCUUCACCAGGAGUCGGACACGCACGAAGUUAGGUUGUGGGCUUUUGCCCCCAAGUCGUGUAGUAAAUCUGCAGGCUGAGUGCGAGUAUGUUGUCGCUCGCAGCCCAGCCGCCCAGAGGAAGAGCAGGCAACUGCGGGGAGUUAGUGGGCACCCGAUGCAACAGAGAUGCAACAGAGAUGCAGUGGACAGGCGGCGCAGGCAGACAUGCGCGUGGAGGACCAAGGUACUGCAGAUUGCCAUUCGAUUCUUUGUUGUUGGUCGCGUAAACGAUAUGUGAGAUGUAUGGAAGAGCGGUGGAAAUGACGGGUUGACGGGUUGAAGCAUGAGAGUUUGGCAUGUGUACAGGUACCGAGGGUGUUUGACGAAAGUACAAGUGGGGAGAUGGCGCUGUGUAAAGAUGAGCGAGC